CAGUUCCUCUCCUCAGGUUCUUCAUCUAAAGAGGAGCAAACAAAAGCAAACUCUGUGCCCAACAGCCCCAAACCGGACUCUCCCACAGAGAGGUGCUCGGCCCCAAGUCCCGGAGGCCCGGGAAGGCCGCCUCCUGAGGAGCCCCCGCAGACGCCAUGCUAAAAGCCAAAAUGGCUGCCCCGAGGAAGCCCGCACCGCGUAGCUAGAGAGGGUUGGGGAGCAAGAUUCUGCGGGAAAGGGGGAGGGGGACUCCAGGAAAAGCCGUUGCCAGGACCAUCACCCCGGAGCAGCACAGUUUCCGGGUACAGCCAUCCCUUGCCAUAACUUUUGAACAAUAUUUGGAAAAAUACUGUCUAAGAGAAAAAAAUGAUAAAAUUUUUCCUCAUGGUGAAUAAACAAGGGCAGACCCGACUUUCUAAGUACUAUGAACAUGUGGAUAUUAAUAAGCGCACACUUCUAGAAACAGAAGUCAUAAAGAGCUGUCUCUCUCGAUCCAGUGAGCAAUGCUCUUUCAUUGAGUAUAAGGAUUUUAAGCUGAUAUAUCGGCAGUAUGCAGCUCUCUUCAUUGUGGUUGGAGUUAAUGACACUGAGAACGAGAUGGCUAUUUAUGAAUUCAUCCAUAACUUCGUGGAAGUUUUAGAUGAGUACUUCAGCCGAGUGAGUGAAUUAGACGUAUCCUUUGUCACUACUGUUUUGCACAGCACGCGGCACAGCGUCAAGCCCGAGUCGACCAGGAUCAUGCUCUUUAAAUACAAAUGGAAACUUCAGAUAUAGAAUUCAGAAACAUUCAACCAUUGUCAUCAUCCCAUUCCAGUUCUCCUCCUUUCACAAAAGUUAGGUACUCAACUGAAGAGGUUCUUGAGGGGAAGUAUUUAGUUCUUUCUAGUUUGCUAAACAUCACAGGCUGACAAUAUUUUCUUCUUACUUACUGUCCAAUAAGAACACCAGUAAGCUAAAGUGGCCCCAUAAUUCUCAAAUGACUUCCCGUUUGUAAGAGGUACUAUUUUAAAAUUCAGAACUUUUGUCAUAUCUUGCUUUCUUCAUUUCUCCUCAUAGUUACUUUUACUUGAGUCUGUUUGGCAGAGAAGAGAUGAUUGAAGGUGCAAGGCUGUGAAGGCAUUUGAUUUGGGGCAGAGGUUUGGGGGCUGAGAAGCCUGGAAGCAGAGCAAUCAAGCCAAGCUUUAGGUUUAAAAUCUAGCUCUGGCAUUUACUAGCCUUGUGACCUCGGACAAUGGCUUUGAGCCUGUUUGAUCCUGGGUAAAAUGAGGAUGACGUGUAACAUGUACAUCAGAGAGUUGUAGAGAAGACUGAAAAUACAUGUAAAGCACUCAACACCAUGCCUAAAACAUGAGUAUUCAACAAAUCAUUAUUAUUAUUGUCUGGGAAGACAACAUUGUUCUUGAGUUCAGGUCAUUCUCUUGCCAAAUGUCACUUGCUAUGUUCUUUAGCUCUUAAUAGACGACUCUUGUCAUUGGCUAAAAAAUGUAGCUGUCCCAUUUCUAUGCCUAUUUAUCCUGUUAGCUUCACCAAGGUGAAACUAGGAGUAUAUGUGCACAUAAAGGUACUAAUUUCGAAUGUGGACACCAACUUUGAAUUUAAUUUCAGGAAUUCUGUACAGAAAACCUCAUGCUCAGGCUAACUUACACUGGGAAAAUUCCAGGCUAAGCUCUAAGUUAUUUUUCACUAUUAACAUUUUUUAUAACUUUAAAACUAAUUUCCUUAAUGU